UUUCCUUCUUUUCCCUCGCUAAUUUUGGCAACGAAACCACUCGUUAACCGAGAAUUCGUAACGACGUACUGUUCCAUCGAUCUUUUCCUUCUCCUCCGAUCGGUCUAUUAGGCAUUCGAAUCCCUAAUCAAUUACUAACUUAUAUAAGUAGACGACUCGUUUGUACUCCUUGCGAAAACCCCCCUCGAUUCCUUAUAUAUUCGGUUCCCAGGCCUGUAGUGAAGAGCGCGUGUGGAGGAAGACGGCCACCUCCGAAGUUUGGGUUUUGGCUGGCGCCAUGGCCGCUCUAGGCUUUCGUCUUCUCUUCCUCCUCUCUGCUGUGGGCUCUGCUGCCGCCGCCACCGCCAGUGGCUGCUCCUCCAUGGCGUUCUCCUCCAACCGCGUGUACGCCGCGUGCAUCGACCUGCCCCGCCUCUCCUCCUCGCUCCACUGGUCCUACGACAACGCGUCCGCCACGCUGUCCCUCGCGUUCGUGGCGCCGCCGGCGGGGCCGGAGGGGUGGGUGUCGUGGGCGAUCAACCCCAGCGGUGGUGGCAUGAUCGGGUGCCAGACCCUGAUCGCGUUCCGCCAGCCCAACGGCGUGAUGGGUAUCAAGACGUGCAACAUCACCAGGUACGGCCCCGUCGCGGAGGGGCCGAUCGAGUUCGAGACGUCGGACAUGGCGGCGGAGCAGUCCGGGGGGGUGAUGCGGCUCUUCGCGAAGAUGAAGCUGCCGGCGGGGAUGACGGAGGUGAAACAGGUGUGGCAGGUGGGGUCGGCGGUGGUGAAUGGCGUCCCCCAAAAGCACGACUUCAAGCCGGAAAAUCUGCAGUCGCUGGGACAGUUGGAUCUCAUCAAGGGGUCGAUCUCGGCAUCCGGCGGAGGCACCGCACCCAGAAGAAACAAAUAUGUACAUGGAAUUCUGAAUGCUGUGAGUUGGGGGAUUUUGCUUCCAAUUGGCCAACUCUUCGCUCGAUAUCUGAAAACAUUCAGAUCUGCAGACCCUGCAUGGUUUUAUCUUCAUGUAUCGUGCCAAAUUAUUGGAUACGCUGUUGGAGUCGGUGGCUGGGCUACUGGUCUCGUUCUUGGCUCCAGAUCUAAGGGAAUCCAGUACACCACUCAUCGCAAUAUCGGCAUCUCCCUUUUCACUCUUUGCACCAUACAGGUUUCUGCUCUGCUCCUGAGGCCAAAUAAGGAUCACAAGUACAGAUUGUACUGGAACAUGUACCAUCACUCUGUGGGAUACACCGUGAUUGUGUUGGGGAUCGUCAAUGUCUUCAAAGGCCUGCAGAUACUGAACAUCGAUCAUAAAUGGACAGUGUAUUUUAUCAUCAUAAUUUGCAUUUUGGGUGGUAUUGCCUUGUUCUUGGAGAUUGUUACUUGGAUUAUAGUUAUCAAGAGGAGGUCUGAUGACUCCAGAAAGUCUUACGACGGAUCGACUUCUAGCGGUGUGCAGCGGUCAAUAUCUUUAUGACAACCUUUUCAUUUCCAAGAAACUUGGUCAUAUUUAUAAAUGUUCUAUCUAUCAUUAUCAUCCUUUGUACACUGACUGGAUUUCCUUUGA